ACUUUUUAUUAUACUGUCAAAAAACUAACCUAUAAAAAUAAGUGAGGUCAAAAUGUUGAAAAUUUUGCGAACGGUUUUGAAACCGACGUUUUUAAAUCCGGUAAACAGUCCGAGAAGCUUCUUUCGAACAUUUUUAUCACAAGCGUAUUACUGUAACGAAGUUUGGGAUGACCGGCUGAACAGCCCCCUUUUACAAAAAGUGAAUCUGGACGGUUUUUACUACGAGUUGGACCAAGGUUUUCAAAAAACCCGCCGAUUAAGCCCUGUCGAUGUCGAUAUAUUCGCAAAUGCGGUAAAAGAUGAUGUUUUUAUUGACGAAUUGUUGGAUUUAGUUCACAAACUGAGGUUAAGCCAAGACACUGGGAACACAUUAAAUUCAACUAGUCAUGCUGUAAUUAGGGCACUUGUACGAAAUGACAAAAUUAAAGAGUUGCUUCAAGUUUUGGAUGACCGAUUGAAUUAUGGACUUUUCUUGGAUGAUUAUACUGCAAAUAUUUUAAUGGAUAAGUUCUGGAAAAGUAAGGAUUUUAUGGCUGGGUGUCUUGUCGCUAGUCAAAUGAUGCUUCAAGAGGAUUUUAAGCAUCCAGUGACUAUAAAUUUGGCAUUAUUACAUUGCUAUAAUUAUUUAUUAAAGCCGGGAGAUUGGCUCGAAAUGCCCCAACCGGAAGAACCUGAGGAGGAAGUUAAAAUCCGGGUGAAAUUUCUACGGAACCCGUUUAAUGAUGAACAUUUCGAUUUGAAAGAACCCCUGAAAAUUGUAGGAAAAACACUAGCUGCAGCUACUAAAGACAGAAAAGAUUCAUUGCACCACUCACUGAAAAUUAUCGGRCUCUCGUUAUUUGGCAAASAAGAAUUAGUCAAAAAAGAAAUUGAAACUUGUACAAAAAACAACACCAAGAUAAUUAAGGAAAUUGUGGACCUUCUUCCCGAUGACAAUCCUUUCAAAGAGAAUUUAAACCAACUACAAUUGGUUUCUGAAAACGUACAAAAUCUUUUAGAGAACCAGUUAACUGAAAGCGUUGCCGUGACGUCAGAGAAGGAUAUAGCCAAUCAAUGUAAUUUGUUCAAACAAUGGGAAAACGAAAGACUUCAAGCUUUGGAAGAACAGAAGAAACGUCUUCUCACCAUUGAAAGACUAGCAGAAGUGGAACGAAUGAAGAAAGAACUGAAAGAAAAAGAAGAAAAAUUAUGGUUCUUUGAAAACGAAGAAAAAAUCGAGCUUGAAAUCGAAGAGGGCACAGACGCAGUACCAAUCCAACAAACCAAAGAGAAGAAAACGGACGAAAAUUACGUCCCGCCUGAAAUAGUAAAAACCCACAACUAAUUUUUCAUAUUGUAAUUACAUAACAAAAAAUAUAAAUAGUAAUA